AUGAAGUUGCCCGCAGGUUCCAUAUUUGUAUUUCUCUCCACAGUAGCCGGCACCAGUUCUGCCUUCUUGCAGAAGCGACAGUUCAGUGAUGACAGCUUCGACUGGGCCACCGUCAAACCUUCACGCAGCUUGCAGUACCACGACUGCUAUGACAGGUUCAAGUGUGCGCGCUUGAAGGUGCCGCUCGACUGGACAACUGCCAAUUCGUCAAAAUGCGCAAGCUCGUCCCGCUGGGCUGCCAUCGGCAUAGUCACCCUCCCGGCGUCCGUUCCCGAGACCGACCCGUCAUUCGGCGGCACAAUUCUCAUCAACCCGGGCGGCCCUGGCGGGGGCGGCACUGAAAUGGCAUUGGACAUCGGGGUUUAUAUACAGGCAAUCUUGGACGGAGAUCGACACUAUGAAAUCCUCGGGUUCGACCCACGAGGUGUGGCACUGAGCACCCCUCGCGCCGACUGUUACAAUGAUGACCUCAAACGAGCCGCCGAUUUCAUCCAGAAAGAGGGGCUGCCGGCGAUUACUUCCGGCCCUGAAGCUCUGACUUACCAGUACCAAGCGGCAAGGGGCCUGAGUGACCUCUGUGCAGAGGCUGGGGAGGACAGCAUCUUCAAUUACAUGUCGACCGCCUCUGUGGCUCGCGACAUGGUCGAGAUUGUGGAUCGCGUUGACGAGUUGCGGCACAAGAACUUGACCUCGGCGGAGGAUGAGAAGCGCGAGCUGCCGAAACUGCAGUAUUUUGGCAUUUCGAUGGUGCUUGAUGGCGUAGCCGACGCCGACGACUACAUCAGCGGUACUUGGGCGAAGAACCUCAACGAUGCUGAAGUUGUCGUCGACAAGUUCUAUGAGACUUGCUUCCACGCCGGAGACCUCUGUCUCCUGAAACAGGAAUCAGAUGGCAGCGCGGCUGACAUCAGGAAGCGCGUGGACGACUUCAUACAGGAGUUGGCAUACGAACUGCUUUCCAUUGUUCUCGCCACCACCCUUGCGGGCGAUUACAGCCUUCUACUGCAGAGUCCAGCGGUCAACAAUUACGAGCGCAAGGAUGUCUGUGUCGUGCCAGGCGACUACUACCCUCCUCAGAAUUACACCUGGGACAGCGAGGCCGGAAUGGGUGUGCUUUGUGGCGAUUCCGCUAUCAAGGCCGGCGAGCGCAACAACGUUUCCUGGGCUGCGAGUAUAGUCGAGCAGCUUGAUGCCCAGUCACCAACUGCUGGAGAGCCUUGGGCGCGGAUUCCGCUUUCCUGUUCGGGGUGGACGUUUCAGCCGAAAUACGCCUUUAGGGGUCCGUUCGGCCACUUGGAUCUCGACCUUUCGAAGACAGAAGACAAGCCCGCGGCUCCGCUCCUGAUUCUGUCGACGCGACACGACCAUGCUACACCACUUGCCAACGCCGAACAUCUGUCGACGCUUUAUCCCGGAUCGGCCGUCGUCAUCCAGGAGUCUGUGGGCCACUGCGCUUUGGUCACCUCCAGGAGCGAGUGCACUGCGCAGCAUUUGCGGACGUACUUUGACAUUGGAAAGGUCCCGAGAAGCGGGACCACGUGCGAGGAAGAUUGCUCCCCUGGGAUCCCUUUUGUGCCCUGUCCAGGUUUCGCCGAUACGCCGAGUUGA